AUAUCCUACUUGCGUUUAUCCUGGCGGCAAAGGUUUCAGUCUUGGAGUAAAGCUCGCCGUAGUUAUUGCAGGAAUUUGUCUAUUGAUCACCUGUAUCAUUGCAAUCUGUUUCAAAUACAUAAAAAUAAUGGGCUAUCUCAAGAAGUUCAAAAACAUUAGGACAAUGGGCUUUCUCAAGAAGUUCACAAAGAGUGAUCUAGAUAUCGAGGGUUUCUUAAAAAAUAAUGCAACUUUAGCUCCCAAAAGAUACAGUUAUUCAGAUGUCAAGAAAAUGACGAACUUGUUCAAAGAAACACUAGGGAAAGGUGGCUAUGGAAGUGUGUACAAAGGGAAGCUACUAGAUGGCCAUCUCGUUGCUGUGAAAUUGCUUAAUACAUCCAAAGGAAACGGUCAAGAAUUCAUUAAUGAGGUUGCAAGCAUUAGUCGAACUUCCCAUGUUAAUGUUGUUACCCUUCGAGGAUUUUGUUUAGAAGGCAACAAAAGAGCUCUGAUUUAUGAGUUCAUGGCCAAUGGAUCUUUAGAAAGAUUCAUUUACAAAGAGAAUACUAAUUUAAAAGAUCAUCAACACUUGACAUCAGAAGAUUUGUACCGAAUUGCAAUUGGAAUAGCCCGAGGGCUUGAGUACUUACAUCGAGGGUGCAACACAAGGAUUUUGCAUUUCGACAUAAAACCUCAUAACAUUCUUCUAGAUGAAAAUUUUUGCCCAAAAAUCUCUGAUUUUGGGCUUGCAAAACUAUCAAACAGGAAAGAGAGUAUUGUAUCAAUGGCAGAAGCUAGAGGAACAAUUGGUUACAUUGCUCCAGAAGUGUUUUGCAGAAACAUUGGAGGUGUUUCACAUAAAUCAGAUGUCUAUAGCUAUGGAAUGAUGAUCUUAGAGAUGGUUGGAGGAAGAAGGAGCAUAAAUGUCAUGGUAAGUCAAACCAGUGAGAUAUAUUUUCCUCAUUGGAUUUAUCAGCGUCUUGAGCAAGGUAAUAUCGAACCAGAAUUACUAGGCCUCAUGACUAGAGAAGAAACUGAGAUUGCGAGGAAAAUGAUAUUAGUUGGCUUGUGGUGCAUACAAACAAAUCCACUAGAUAGGCCUUCAAUGACUGAGGUGAUCGACAUGUUGGAAGGAAGCAUAGAAGCCUUGCAGAUUCCACCUAAGCCUUACUUGUCUUCUCCUCCAAGAUCAACCAUAGUGGAUUCUACCUCUUUAUCAUUACUGUGAUACAUGCAAUUUCAAAAUAUGUAAUAUAUGUACUUAUUUUGACAUUUUUUUUUCUCAAAACAAGACAAUUGUAUUAAUA